GAAAAUAAAAAGGAAUCGGUAUAACCCGGCCGGGUCGAGUUAAGAGUCUCACCAACCCAGCCAUUCACUCGCGACUCACCAUUCCUAACCGAUUUCCGCAUCGCCGAACGAUUCCGCCGCCGGAGAGCUUCCACCGCCACCGUCCCUUCCGCCACCGUGUUCUUCUGGAUCCGGUGGUGCCAUAUCGAUCUGGACCGUCUUCGUUUCGAGGAACAGGGGAGGCUCUCAGAUAAUGUUUUGGUAGCUCUUUUUGGAUGUAAUGGCUCCAGGACGCUCCACUGGGUUUAUUGAUCCUGGUUGGGAUCAUGGUAUUGCUCAAGAUGAGCGGAAAAAGAAGGUUAGGUGCAAUUAUUGUGGGAAAAUAGUUAGUGGUGGGAUAUACAGAUUAAAGCAGCAUUUAGCCCGAGUUUCUGGUGAAGUAACAUACUGUGAAAAAGCUCCUGAGGAAGUCUACCUAAGAAUGAAGGAGAACCUGGAAGGAUGUCGUCCCAACAAGAAACAAAAGCAAGUUGAUGUGCAAUCAUAUAUGAAUUUUGGCUCUAAUGAUGAUGAAGACGACGAUGAGCAAGUUGGGUGUCGAAGCAAAGGGAAGCAAUUGAUGGAUGAUAGAAAUGUAGCUGUAAAUUUAACUCCUCUUAGGUCCCUAGGAUAUAUUGACCCAGGGUGGGAACAUGGUGUUGCUCAGGAUGAGAGAAAGAAGAAAGUAAAAUGCAAUUACUGUGAGAAAGUUGUUAGUGGAGGUAUUAAUCGAUUUAAACAACAUUUGGCUAGAAUUCCUGGAGAGGUAGCACCUUGUAAAAAGGCUCCAGAAGAAGUUUAUCUUAAAAUAAAAGAGAAUAUGAAAUGGCAUCGCACUGGAAGGAGACACAGGAGACCUGAGGCUAAGGAGUUGAUGCCUUCCUAUGCAAAGUCUGAUGAUGAAGAUGAUGAGUAUGAGCAAGAGGAAGAUGCUUUGCAUCAUAUGAACAAGGAAACUUUCAUUGAUGUUGACAAGAGAUUCUCUAAAGAUUUAAUGAAGACCUUCAAAGGUAUUUCACCUAGUACUUGUCCUGAACCAGUAUUGAGAAGAUCAAGAUUAGAUAAUGUUUACCUGAAACUGCCCAAGAAUCAGACUCCUCAAACAUACAAACCUGGAAAAGUUAAGACGGGCCCCACCAAGAAAUCACGCAGGGAAGUUUUUUCUACAAUAUGCAAGUUCUUUUACCAUGCGGGAAUUCCCGUACAGGCUGCUGACUCCCUAUAUUUUCAUAAAAUGCUGGAAGCAGUUGGUCAAUAUGGACAAGGACUGGUAUGCCCUCCAAGCCAACUUAUUUCUGGUCGCUUUUUGCAGGAGGAAAUCAAUUCCAUUAAGAAUUACCUUGUUGAAUAUAAGGCUUCCUGGGCAAUCACUGGUUGUUCUAUACUAGCAGAUAGUUGGAGAGAUAAACAGGGUAGGACAGUUAUUAAUUUUCUUGUUUCUUGUCCUCAUGGUGUAUACUUUGUUUCCUCAGUUGAUGCCACUAAUGUAGUAGAAGAUGCACCAAGUUUAUUUAAGCUUCUAGACAAAGUAGUGGAAGAAGUAGGUGAAGAAAAUGUAGUGCAGGUAAUCACUGAAUAUACUCCCAACUAUAGAGCUGCUGGGAAAAUGCUUGAAGAGAAGAGAAGGAAUAUAUUCUGGACCCCCUGUGCCACUUAUUGUAUUAAUAGAAUGCUUGGAGAUUUUCUGAAGAUAAGAUGUGUAGAAGAGUGCAUGGAAAAGGGCCAGAAAAUUACAAAACUAAUAUACAAUCAAACAUGGUUGUUAAAUCUUAUGAAAAGUGAAUUUACUGAGGGGCGGGAGCUUUUAAAGCCGGCUGGCACCCGGUAUGCCUCUAGCUUUGCUACAUUGCAAAGCUUGUUGGAUCAUCGAGUUGGUCUCAGACGAAUGUUUCUUUCAAACAAAUGGAAUACAUCCAGGUACUCCAGCUCAAGCGAGGGGAAAGAGGUGGAAAAAUUUGUUUUGAGUGCCACAUUUUGGAAGAAACUGCAGCAUGUUUGUAAGUCAAUAGAUCCGAUAAUGCAAGUACUUCAAAAGGUUUGUAGUGGUGAGAACUUGUCAAUGCCAUACAUAUAUAAUGAUAUGUACAGGGCAAAACUUGCAAUCAAAUCUAUUCAUGGUGACGAUGCACGUAAAUUUGAACCAUUCUGGAAGGUAAUAGACAGCCAUUGGAACUCUCUGUUCUAUCACCCUCUUUACUUGGCUGCUUACUUCCUUAAUCCAUCAUACCGAUAUCGUCAGGAUUUUGUGGCGCACUCUGAGGUAGUACGGGGGCUCAAUGAAUGCAUUGUUCGGCUGGAGCCAGAUAAUAUGAGACGGAUCUCUGCAUCAAUGCAGAUUUCUCAUUAUAACUCUGCACAAGAUGAUUUUGGAACUGAUUUGGCGAUUGGCACAAGAUCAGGUCUUGAACCAGCUGCUUGGUGGCAACAACAUGGAAUAAGUUGCUUAGAGUUGCAAAGAAUAGCGGUACGCAUAUUAAGUCAGACAUGCUCAUCAUUUGCGUGUGAGCAUGAUUGGAGUAUAUACGAUCAGAUAUAUAGCAAAAGACAAAAUCGACUAUCUCAGAAGAAACUGAAUGACAUUGUCUUCGUUCACUACAAUUUGAGACUUAGAGAAUGCCAAGUAAGAAAAAGGUCCAGGGACUCAAAGUCAACCUCUGUUGACAGUGUUCUACUAGAGCAUUUACUCAGUGAUUGGAUAGUCGAUGCCAAUGUUCAAAGCUUUGAUGGUGAUAAGAAUUACCCUUUUGGAGUUGAACUAGAUGAUGAAUAUGAAACCGAUUCAAUUGAUUAUGAUGAUGGAGCUGCAAGGCCUCUAAAGGGAUCAUCCCUUGAACUGGAGACUAUGGAUGGUGUAGCAGUAGGAUCACCAGAUGUAGAACAUGCUAACAUUGAUGAUGCCAGUGACGAUGAGUCUGAUCUGAAUUAUUUUCAUGAUGAUUUGAGCGAGUAAUCAAGUUACAUGGUUGCUCCUGUGAAAAAACCAAGAUGUCCAUCCUGUAUGUAGGAUCACAUUCAUUUCAUAUGUUGGUGGACAAUCAUUUUAGAUCGAAUGUUUUGAGUUCUACCUUAAGAGCUACUAUAGUUGCUAAUCUUAGCCAAUGAAUAUUAUUGUAGGAUAAAUUUUGGCAUUGUACAAUGUGGAAAAAACUAGAUUUAUGCGAUUACAAUUUACAGUGAUUUUGCCA